AUGUCGCCUGGUCCUAAAGAUGGCGCGUCAUCACUUGGUGGCGUGGCCGCAUUUGGAAGUUCACGAUCGCGAAGUGCCCGAGCCGCACUGCCCGACACUCAAUCUUGGUCUUCUACGAGCGGUCUUUCCCUGCUAGCUCUCCUUCUUUUGAGCGGACAGCAGAGCCGGAAUCCAAACUAUCGGGCGAUUCCCACCAUCGGCAUUACAGUAUCUUCGCACACGGCACGCUUUGCCCCGCCAGCCCCUAAGGCUUUGAUGCAUUUUCGAAUGCCAUUUGCCCGUGCAUCUACCUCUCAUUCUCCUAAGGAAGGUCUAGAGCAUUAUGGGGUAGACACGAUUCCUCGGUACCUGGCUGAGACACUGGCUAUGACCGAGAUCGUCACAAGAUGA